AUGCUUAGUUUAGCAUUUACGUACGCCAUCCCACUGCCACUGCAGCCCCUUCGCAUUUGUGUAAUUGGGCAUGGGGUGCCGACCCGGAGCAAUAUAAAGACCUCCCAACUGGGUUUAUUUAUUGAAAUUUGCGAUUUGCUAAUCGUGGUGAUCUGCCAGCAGACAUUUCACAUUCGAAGGUUGAUCAGCAUGUCAAAUCAAUACUACUGGUACUCGCCUCCUCCAGGGUCCUACUAUCCGUUGCCGCUUCCUUCGCAGCCGGUAAACUAUGUGUACAAUGUGGCGGCGCCUCGAGGGCUGAUCGACGACCGCAUGGGAAAUCACGGAAUGAACUUUGGAUAUGGAAUGCAUCAUGGACAUCAAGCUCAAGGUCUGGGUUAUAGUCAAGGACAUGGACAUGAUCUUGGUUAUAGUCAUGGUCGUGGUCUUGGUCAUAGUUCUGGUGCUAUUUCAGUUCCUGGUUCAGUUUCUGGUUCUGGGUCGAGUUCCCGGGCAAAUAUUUCAGUUUCAGCUGCAGCUGCAGCUUCAGCUUCAUCCGUUUCUAUGGUGCCCAGCUCGCAAAGCUCGCUUGGCACCCACAUCAACUUUCCCGUCCACCAGCCCUCGGCGCUUCCACAUACCCUUGCGCACCGCCUCUCCUCCGCCAUCUACCCCACCAUCGAAGUCAAAAAAUACUCCACCGCAGCCCUUGAUCCCACCCGCCACUUCUUGACGGUGUUUGAGUACACUCUCAAUGGCCAGAGCAUCAUUUGGGACUACGAAUCAGGUUAUGUUCACUUGACGGGUAUCUGGAAAGCUGCGAUCCACCACCCGGAUAACGACUUGCCAAAGUCCAAUUCCAAGGCAGAUAUCGUCAAGCUAUUGGAGAGUACCCCACGCCAGCAUCAGGCCAAAAUCAAGCGCAUUCGUGGGGGAUUUCUCAAGAUUCAAGGCACUUGGCUUCCAUAUUCUCUUUGCCGAAUCCUCGCCCGUCGCUUUUGCUACCAUAUCCGCUACCAGCUCAUUCCUGUAUUCGACGCCAACUUCCCGGCAGAAUGCUUUCUCCCCACCGACCCCGGCUAUGGCGAACUCAAAUUGGACGAAUUGGAGCCGCCGCCCAUCGCACAUUUACCACCCCCCAGAACUCCCCCACACGCCAUCUUGGCUCCAAAUACCCCCCAAAGCGACCGGCUGGUCCGGUUUCGCCAUCAAGACGGUUCCGAUCUCUCGUACAACGAGGUGGUGGACAUUGUCAAUGCUUCUAAAUGUCUCCAGUCGUUGAGCCAGUCGGCUCAAACUUCACCCAUAUCUUACGAAGGACUGCUGAAUUCACUCCGAGACUACGUUACCGGCCCCGAAAACGGAAUCUCGUCCAUCUUGCUCGCGGCAAACCUCAGCAACAAGCCGGACUCGAAGGACACUCUUGGCCUGCCUCCCAAGUUGGAGCCGCGGCGACAAAGCGUCAAGAUCAACGACUUGUUGUCAUGA